AUGAGAGCAUAGACAGCGGCAUACAAUGCUAGAGGUGAAGCAUCAGUGAGACACAGUCAGAGUGCCUGCUCUGAGGGCAGGGAAUGGCAGACAGCAGAAGAGACAGCUGAGAUGAAAGAGAGAGUGCUAGGGUGAAGAGAUUUACAUCUGGCGAAGGGUUAAAAGGAGUGAGGGGGAGGGAAGAAGGGAGGGAGAGAGAGGAGAGGGAGAGCAAGGGAGGGAGAGACAGAGGAGGGGCAGGGAGCUGGAGACCGAAACAGCCCCACAAUCUCUCAUUUAUUUUCUUUGUUAUUUCUUUACGUGGGAUACAAAAUUACAAGAAGAAGAGCCGUGGCAGAGAACAUCUCCAAUCCUGAGGAGAGAAGAGACAGAUCGAAAAGAGACACUUCUAGUGAGCGCUCACCAGUCUACUAGAGAGGGAAUGCGAGAGUGGAGCAGAGGAGAAGAGAGAGGCAAGUAGCGAGAGACAGACAAGAAUAACAGACACGGAGACAUCUCUGAGACAGAGAGUCAGGUACAUGGAGAGGACCAGUGGAGACCCCAGAUAGCCACCGAGAUAGCCAUGAAGAGAGGACUAGGACCAGUAAUGAGAUGAUUGGGGGCUGCUGACAAUAUUAGGAGUAGUAAGGACAUACGAGGGGUUUGGCUCCUUUUCGCCUUUGCCGCUUUUCCGCCUCAUUCUUCCCGUACCCUGGUAAUCAUGUCUAAUAUGAUGGAUGUCAAGAUUGCAGCUCUCAGACAGCCGGAUACAAGUGGCCACUGAGUGACUACCUAGCAGGUGCAGCAAUAGGAAGUAAGACAUUUGCCUAGCACCCUGGAAAGCAACUGGGCCACCCGGGGAUAGGAGGCUUUUGGACAGGUGACAGUGACUGGUUACUACACAGGUUAAGAGAGUUCUAGCCCACUGGGGCCAACUAGACAGGAGGGCAAAUAUCUCCUGACAAGCGGGGGGCUGCACAAAUCCCAUGUGGUCCUAGUUAGCCCAAGCAUUCGAUGACCUCCCCCUUCUUCUUUCUUCCAAAUCCUGCAAUGGCUAGUCUAUAGGAAAGUCUCUGAAAGCGGUCAGGCCACAGGGAUACAAUUCCGGCUUAGAGUGUAGGAAGACGGUCUUCCAUCCUGCGGCGAGCAGGAAUUCACAAUGAAUAACGGCUCGGAGAAGCAUCAUCAAUCCUGAAAAGCCAGCAGUGGCUACCAGUACGGAAAGGAUAAGGAAUAGGAAUUCUACUGACCUAUGGCAAGGCCCACUAAAUGCAACCAUGCCAAAUCCAAACCGAGUCUUCACCACGGCAGCUAAUACAUGUCCGAGAAGCUAAGAGGAGAAGAAGACGGACUGGUGUUUUGGUGACAAAUGUAUAGGAACAUCUGGAAUUGCCUAGAUUGUUGUGUAUUUAAAGCUAUUCCGGUUUCUGGACUCUUGGUAUAGUGCCACACAGAUCCCUCCAGCAACAAACCGGGAGCAGCCAUACUGGACAGGUGGCCAUAUUCUUUAACUACAAGAGGCCUGGCUUAUUCACAGCCCUCCAAAUACGAGGACAACCGUCCUGUUGACAGAAGGCCAGAAUUCUCUUUCCAUCCUUGGACAGUGGCAAUAAGGCGCAGGAGGCGGGGCCUACCUAUCAGGCUCCACCCCUGUGGGAUCAUGUCCAUGGCAGGUGGUCUUCUUGGACAAAAUCAGUGACCAGGCUUUACCCCAAUCCUCCAAAAACAUAAACAACUGGGCAAAAAAAGACAACAUAAUAAGUGAGGUUCUAAAAUCUGGUGCCAUGAUCUUGGAUCUCCAUUAACGGAAGGUUCAUACCUGAAUGUACUGCAUCCCUGAGCUCACUGGCUGGCGAGGUGAUGUCACAGAGGAGCGCUCAGUGACAGUGACAAGCGGUAUGGCGGGGGCCUGGCUGGUGUUGUGGGGUCUCUGUUCAGUCACCAUAUUGUUGACGUCCACUACUCAAGGCUUGAGUCGAGCAGCUCUUCCAUUUGGACUGAUGCGUCGAGAGCUGGCAUGCGAAGGAUACCCCAUUGAGCUACGGUGCCCAGGAAGUGAUGUCAUCAUGGUGGAAAAUGCAAACUAUGGACGGACAGACGACAAGAUCUGCGACGCUGACCCCUUCCAGAUGGAGAAUGUGCAGUGUUACCUGCCAGACGCGUUCAAGAUCAUGUCGCAGAGGUGUAACAAUCGCACACAGUGUGUUGUUAUUGCCGAUUCCGAAGCCUUUCCUGACCCGUGUCCAGGGACCUACAAAUACCUGGAAGUCCAGUAUGACUGCGUGCCAUACAAAGUGGAGCAAAAAGUUUUUGUCUGCCCGGGAAUGUUACAAGAAAUUCUAGAACCCACUUCCACCCAUGAAUCUGAGCACCAGUCAGGAGCAUGGUGUCGAGAUCCCCUUCAAGCUGGAGAGCGUCUCUAUGUUAUGCCAUGGAUCCCAUAUCGUACAGAUACAUUGACAGAGUAUGCAUCAUGGGAGGACUAUGCUGCUGGCCGACACACUACUACGUAUCGUCUACCAAGUCGUGUGGAUGGAACAGGCUUUGUAGUAUAUGAUGGGGCUGCCUUUUAUAACAAAGAACGUACACGUAACAUUGUGAAAUAUGAUCUUAGGACACGGAUCAAGAGUGGAGAGGCCAUUAUAGCUACAGCAAAUUAUCAUGAUACCUCACCGUACAGAUGGGGCGGUAAAACUGAUAUAGACUUGGCGGUGGAUGAGAAUGGCUUGUGGGUUAUCUAUGCUACAGAAGGAAACAGUGGGAGGCUGGUGGUCACCCAGCUUAAUCCGUAUACUCUCCGUUUUGAGGGCACAUGGGACACUACAUAUGAUAAGCGUUCAGCAUCAAAUGCUUUCAUGGCUUGUGGGGUCCUUUACGUGUUGAAAUCAGUGUAUGCGGAUGAUGAUAACGAAUCAGCAGGUAACAGAUUAGAGUAUGCCUUCAAUACUCACCGAAACAGAGAAGAACCAUUAGGAACAAAUGGAGCCAAUGGUAUGGAUUUUCCCAAUCCAUAUCAAUUUGUGUCAUCUGUGGACUACAACCCAAGGGAUGGACAACUAUAUGUCUGGAACAACUACUUUCUUGUGCGCUAUGCAUUGAGGUUUGGCCCUCCGGAUCCAGCAGAAGGUCCAGUUACUCCCACCCCAUCAGUGGUGACCGUUACCCUACCUCCACCUCCAAUGACAGUUACUACUCUACCUUCUGCCACCACUACUGUCCGCCGGCAGCCCCUCACAACACAUCCAGUAGGCGCUAUCAAUCAAGUAGGCCAUGAUCCUCCUACCCCUGGAACACGUCGUCCUCCCCCCUCUAACCAGAAUUCCCAUCCAGAGAUUUUCUGUCUAGCCCGUGAGGAGAGGAAAGUACAAUGGCCAGCUACCCAGCAAGGCAUGAGAGUGGAGAGACCAUGUCCAAAGGGUACCCGUGGCAUAGCUUCCUUUCUCUGUUUGCCCACACUGGCAGUGUGGAACCCUCGGGGGCCAGAUCUGAGUAACUGCACUUCUCCCUGGGUCAAUCAAGUGGCACAGAAGAUUAAGAGUGGAGAGAACGCCGCUAACAUUGCAGGGGAAUUAGCCCGUCACACACGUGGACAGAUCUAUGCAGGGGAUGUUACUUCGUCUGUACGUCUUCUGGAACAGCUGUUGGAUAUUCUCGAUGCUCAGUUACAAGCCCUGAGACCAAUUGAAAGAGAGAGUGCUGGGAAGAAUUACAAUAGGAUGCACAAGAGGGAGAAAACCUGCAAGGACUACAUCAAGGCGGUGGUGGAGACGGUGGAUAACCUUUUACGCCCAGAAGCACUUCCAUCAUGGAGAGACAUGAAUGUCACAGAGCAAGAACACGCAGCCACCAUGUUACUAGACAUAUUGGAGGAAGGGGCUUUCCUAGUGGCUGAUAAUGUCAAGGAACCUGCACGCUUCCAGACUGCUAAGCCUAAUGUUGUGCUGGAAGUUUCUGUCAUAAACACAGAUGAACCCGUCUCGGAGCUGAUCUUCCCUCAAGACAAUCACAGCGUCAGUUCUAUCCAGCUGUCUGCCAGAACCAUCAAGCAGAACAAUCGCAACGGGGUUGUGAAAGUGGUCUUCAUCCUGUACAAUAAUUUGGGCCUCUUCCUGUCCACGGAGAAUUCCACUGUACGCUUUGGCGGAGAAGGCAGCUCCUCAGGGCACUCUUUGGUUGUGAAUUCACAGAUCAUCGCAGCUUCGAUUAAUAAAGAGUCAAGCAGAGUUUUCCUCAUGGACCCAGUUAUUUUUACGCUGCCUCAUUUACAGUCAAAGAACCACUUUAAUGCCAACUGCACCUUCUGGAAUUACUCUGAGCGCUCGAUGUUGGGUUUUUGGUCAACACAGGGUUGUCGGUUGCUGUAUACUAACAAGACCCACACAACCUGUGCGUGCAACCAUCUCACUAAUUUUGCUGUGCUGAUGGCCCAUAGAGACAUGUACCAGGGUCGUAUAAAUGAGCUGCUUCUCUCUGUCAUCUCAUGGGUGGGAAUAGUGAUCUCUCUGGUGUGUCUCGGAAUCUGUAUAUCCACCUUCUGCUUCUUGAGAGGUCUCCAGACUGAUAGAAACACCAUUCAUAAGAACCUGUGCGUCAGUCUGUUCCUUGCUGAACUUCUUUUCCUCACCGGUAUCGACAAAACACAGUACCAGGUGGUAUGUCCCAUUUUGGCUGGUCUCCUGCACUUCUUUAGCCUGUCGGCUUUCUCCUGGCUGUGUCUGGAGGGUGUUCAGCUUUAUCUUAUGCUGGUGGAAGUGUUUGAAACAGAACAUUCCCGUAGAAAGUACUACUACCUCUGUGGUUAUGUGUUUCCUGCUCUUGUGGUGGGGAUCUCUGCAGCUGUGGACUACAGGAGCUACGGCACGGAUAAAGCUUGCUGGCUGCGAGUUGAUAAUUAUUUCAUCUGGAGUUUUAUUGGCCCGGUUUCCCUCGUUAUUGUGGUGAACCUCCUCAUCCUUCUGGUCACUCUUCACAAGAUGCUGCGCUCCUCUUCCGUCCUAAAGCCAGAUUCCAGUCGACUAGAAAACAUCAAGUCCUGGGCCUUGGGGGCCGUUACCUUGCUGUUCCUUCUUGGUCUCACUUGGGCGUUCGGCCUUCUUUUUAUUAAUAAGGAGUCUCUGGUCCUGGCGUACCUCUUUACUACCUUCAAUGCUCUGCAGGGCUUGUUCAUCUUCAUCUUCCACUGCGCUCUGCAGAAGAAGGUACAUAAGGAGUACAGUAAAUGUCUGAGACACUCGUACUGCUGCGUGAGGGGCCCAGGAGCCGAACACGGUACCUUGAAGUCUACGGUUAACAGUCGAUAUUACACCCAGAGCCGGAUCCGCAGGAUGUGGAAUGAUACAGUGAGGAAACAGACAGAAUCCUCCUUCAUCGCUGGAGACCUCAACAGCACACCAACUCUGAAUAGAGGCACAAUGGGAAACCACUUGCUGACAAAUCCUGUGUUGCAGAGUCGUGUUGGCAGCAGCCCAUACAACACGCUUAUCACCGAGUCUGUGGGCUUCAGCCCAUCUUCCCCAGGAUACAAUGCCACCGGAAGCUUCAGAGAUCCCAAACACACCUUAAGCAGAGAUCCAUGUGGUAAGGAUGCACUCCCACCCCUUCCUCUUAAUGGCAACUUCAAUAACAGUUACUCUCUAAGAGCUGGAGACUUUCCUCCUGAUCCUUCCAAAAUGGGAGAAGGUGGCCGUCGUAAUAUUACAGAUGCAGCAGCCUUUGAAAAGAUGAUCAUUUCCGAACUCGUACACAGCAACCUACGGGGCAAAUCUCAUGCAGGGACAACAGACACCGGUGAUGAGGAAGUGACAUCUGGGGCAAUGGCAGAAGGUGGAGAGGUACCUACAUUAGAGAUGGAGCGCAUGUACAAAGCUUUGGAGGAGCCCCUUCUCUUACAAAGAGCUCAGUCAAUCCUCUACCAGAGUGAUCUGGAGGAGUCUGAAGCUGAAGCUGCCCCGCGCGACUCACCAAAUCGCGAUUCACUAUACACUAGCAUGACCAACCUCAGAGACUCUCCAUACCCAGAUAGUAGCCCUGAACCGGGCCUGCCAUCAUCUGGGGAAAUGCUGCCGUGCCACCAAGGGGUUCCCCCACCCACGGGGGCAGAUGCCAUGUACUUCCCUGGCCGGCUGGGUUCAGUGCCCAGAGGGCAGUUGCAGGCCUUCUACCAGAUGCCACAGGGGUUUCUGGGUCUCGAAGGGUCAGUGCCCGAGGGUGACGGGCAGAUGCAGCUUAUCACCAGCCUCUGAACUUACUCACCCACCCCUGACACCAACCUCGUUACUCCCCUAUAAAAAGAAAAAGAUACUGCCUUCACUUUCCAUUUCAGAUGAAAGCAGGGUCAGAUGGAAGGAAGGGGUAUUUGAAUAGGGGCUAUUUUGGUGGGGCAGGGGUGAGGACAAGACACUGCCUGGGCUAAUGGACAAUGAGUUUUGAUGUGUGCUCAGUCUACUUGGAUUUCAUUUUGACUUCAAGUGUCUGUUAGUAAUUCUUAAAUGCAAGGCCACCAACAGGUAGGGGUUUGGGUGCCAAAAAUAUGUUUCUGAAAACACAAUUGUUUGCCCAAAGAUGACCUGUGUAAGCUACUAAUGCAAAAACUGUUGAGGUGCUGGAAUGUGCAGUAUUGUUAAAAAGCCAAUUUAAAGAAAUAACGAAAAGAGACAGGCAGGUGUAGUGUUUAGCCUGUAAUAAUUGUAGGCAGCCCAUUUGUGUUAGAAACACCAGAUGUCUUCAAGUGAUGCAAACAAUGAGACUACCUGGUAAGGAAUUAAUCACUAGUGCUCGAUAAGUGGUGCCAAACAGCCUAUGGGGCUUGCUGAGUAAUGAGAAAGUAGAGGACAGAAAUUGCCUAAGAUUGUGAAAUUUACAUUUUUUUAAUUUUUGAAAGGUCGCAGCUUAUAAUUUGCAUUCCCAUAAUAUAACAGGGGCAGAACAUAGAAAUUCGAAGAAAAGAUACAGAAAAAGGCCACUUUUCAUACGAUAAUGUCUUUCUUGGGCUUUUCAAAAACAGUGGCUGUCACCUCCACCUUCUCUACUGACCCAACUCCCUAUGUCUGCCCUAAAGACAGGGUAAGAGAUUUUUUAUUACAUCAAUUCAGAAGAGACUACAGUUUACAUGGAAAGAGCAAAGAACUUGGCAAGCAAUUACAACAUGGAAUUUGGAAAUGACUAAAUUGAAAGUUGGGGUGAAAGAGAACUUGACAACUGCCCUGCAUAUUCUUUAUUUAAGCACAAAACACCCCCUGCCUCUAUUACAGAGGAACAUUGGAACUUUUACAAUGGGGGAAGCGAGUGUCCUUUCCGACUGCUGUAAAUAACGAACUUCUAAAAGGAGGAAGGGAGAGAUGAGGAGAGAUGCCUACACCCUUCUUCCCAAACUUGUAUCCAAGGUGUGGAAAUGGUCAGUAGGGGGCUUUUUUUAUUUAUGUGUGUUUGCCUUCUGCAAUUUUCCUUUUGUAUCUGGUUGGGACACAUUACCAUAGUAUCUGUCUUUUCUGCAACUGAAUCAUCGAUGAUCUUUUUCGUCAGUCCCAAAGAUUCCACCUUGUGUCUCUCUAGCUACCUUAUUCGUUUCUUUUUAGCAUCUUCAUCUUAAUUUAUUUUUAUGUUGCAUGUAGAAAUCUAGAAUUGUACAGGUUCUUCUCAUAUUUGGCCACCUACCUGCCUGAGAAAAAGCUACCUUUAUUUUCUGAUGCUGAACAAAAUGGUGGCAAUCAACGUUUCAUACAACAAAGUAUAUAAUGUGAACCCUAACAAGGUCUGAGGAUGGCAUGAUCCAAAAAAAGCGGAAUGAAUAGUAUCGCUAUAAAAGUCAUUAUAAACUUAUACAUCUUACAGCCACCUGCUGCUAUAUGUAGGCCAUGACAUAUAGGGAACAGUGCAAUAAGGCAUGACCUUUGGGGGCCACACUGGAGCAAUGAUUUUACCAGCCCCUACAGUGCCGCAACCUGAAGUGAACUGUGAUUUUGGUCUUUAUAUUCUCACUAACGGUUACACAAGGCGCUGGUGACUUUUCCGUGGUUCCUGCACACAGCUAAAGCCAAAACCUGUAUACGAUCAUAUAUCUGCAUUAUGUUUCCCUGCACAGAUCUAUACGUCUCCAAAUUUAUAGAUCUUUAUAUAUUUCCAUAGAUAUAUGAAUUGUUAAUAUAUCCAUAUUUAAGGGUUUUAGGAACAGAAGUGCAGGUCCCAUGGUGUAGACUCCUUGGAAUUGUCAAUCUGAUUACAAUGGUCGUCUUUACUCUGCGUUGGUAACAGCAGAAGCUCAGUCCAUUUGUUUGUGUAAAACUAGGAAUGGUACCCCCUACCAUGAAAAAUCAAAUGUGAUAAGAGCAGAAAGAAGCAAUUAUAAUUUUGCCACACUAGGAUAACUUGGUAUUAUAUUGUAUGUAAGCCAGUUAAGUGUCUCAUGAUAUGUCCUUGGUUGUCUGAUCAGCCACCAGGAAACAUAUCUCCAAGCUCAACGAGCUGUAAGUACAUGGGGAGUCUGUCCCUGAAGCUAUAGUAGUCUACUGAGCUCUACCUAAAAAAGAAAUAGAGGUUCCACUGACUAUCACGAAUCUGCAUGUUUCCUCAAGCAGAACACAGCACUUACAAAGAAUAUUUUUGUCAUUGUUAUAUUUCAGACAAUAUGAAUAUAGAAAUGAUAUUUAUGAGAAGCCCAUGAAGAAACGGGUAUAAAAUACCAUUAUAGAUUCUUAUAGAAAAGACCUUCCUAUUAGAGGAAGUUCAGAGGACUGCUGUAUACGUUCCAUCAGUGGUCAUGGUCUCUGAAUUUAUGGAGAGAAGCUUUGUGAUCUGUAAUUAACAGAUUUUGUCUGGGAAGUCUACUUUUUGAGAGGUGGUCUUGAGUUCAUUAACACAACAUCAGUGGCACAUAUUUAUGUUCUGUGCACAUGUAUGUCACGUUCUGCUUUGUCCUGAUGUGUUUUGCUGCCAAUCCUACCCCACCCCUAAGUCUGAAAACAAGAAAAGGGUAAAAAUACCUCUCUGCCCCCCCCCCUCCUCUUCUCUCUCUCCUUCCUUCAUUUUCUUUUUCAUAUGCCAAAACCAGAAAUGGGUCGAACGCCAUUCUACAAGCGAACAAAAAACAAGAAAAAAAAAAUGAUUGUACGAAAGACUGAAAAUUAUAUCGUACAUAGAAAAAUAAAACAAAAAAAAGGCAGAAAAAAAUAAUGCUGAAAAAAGUUAAAAAAAAAUAUUAAAUAUCGCAACUUGUGGAGUGAAAGAAACACACCAAUAAAAACAUUUUGAUUUCUG